CUCGCCUCCGUCGCCGCUCGCCCCGCUCCGCACAGCGCCGAGACAUCCUCCACACCUCCCUGGCAAGCACCGAGCGCUCGGCUCCACCCUCGACAACUCAUUGUCUGAAAGAUCGACGUCGCCAACACUAACUGAACCCCCAUUAACCCGCCGCCAUCCUCUGUGCAGAUCCUACAGAUCGAACCCCCCCACUGUAGCUCUGUCGCUCAAUCUCGGCCACGCCACUUUGCCCUUUCACCCACUCCAUCCUCUCCCCCGUCAGCACUCGACCUCCGACCAUGGCCGCUCCCGCCCCACGACGCCACAAGCCUGGGCGCGUUGCCGAGGGCCGCCGCAUCUCCCGCGACAACGGCUCGUCCCAAGACGCAAGUGAGGAAGACAACGACGUGUCCGACGUCGGCAGCCUCAUCUCCGUCACUGCGCCCAGCCUCACCCCCUCCGCGGCCAGCUCCCCACGCCUCGGUCAGCCGCGCCACCCCCCGACCCUGCCACUCAACGCGAUCCUCCGCCGCUCCGGCGACAAGCGCACUCAGCUGAGCGAGAGCGAAGGCGUCGAGUCUCCGACAUACGACGGCGACAUCGAAUCCUCGUCGACUAUCGGGACGCCCAUUACGUCCCACUACCCGCACGACAGCUACCGUCGACCCGUGUCUCCCACGCCGGGGUCCACCACUGCAAACCACCUCGGGAGAGCGCCCACGCCCCGCGCCAUGGCGAACCACGCGGAUGAAGGCCGGUGCCACUGCCACCGUGCGCCGGACGACGUGCCCGUCGCCGAGAGCCAGGCCCUCAAGAAUCCCUACAAGCACCGCGACACGCCGGGCAUGAAUGCCGGCCCGAUGCGCAUGUACGAGCUCCCGCACGAGCUGGAGGAAGAGGACAUCCGCGCGUUCGUGCAGCGCGCGAUCGACGGUCAGGGGCUCGAGGACGGCGUCGACCGCUGGUGGCGCACGUCCCCGCCGCCCUCGGACCGCCCUGUUCGCAUCUACGCCGACGGCGUGUACGACCUCUUCCACUUCGGGCACGCGCUGCAGCUGCGCCAGGCCAAGCUCUCCUUCCCCAACGUGCACUUGCUCGCGGGCGUAUGCUCGGACGCGCUUUGUGCCGAGAACAAGAGCCCGCCCGCUAUGACCCACGCCGAGCGCGUCGCCGCCGUCCGCCAGUGCCGCUGGGUCGACGAGGUUGUCCCCGACGCCCCGUGGGCCCCGGACCAGGCGUGGAUCGACAAGCACCGCAUCGACUACAUCGCCCACGACGAAAUCGUCUACCCGUCCAAGGAUCACGAUGAUGUGUACGCAUUCAUCAAGGGACAGGGCAAGUUCCUCCCGACGCGCCGUACGCCGGCCAUCUCCACCUCGGACCUCUUGGAGCGCAUCGUGCGCGGAUACCGCGAGUCGUUCUUCGACACCAAGCUCGAGAAGAACGGACAAAUCGACCUGCUGGCAUGCGACGUCGAGUGGGACAGCGACUUCUCCUCGAACCGGCGGCAGCAGCGGCGGCUGCGUGCGCGCGGCCUCGACAGCGCGGACAUAAGCCAGAGCAACAGCGCGGCGCCGAGCGCGCCGAACUCGGAGCCCGGCACGCCCGUCAAGCCGUUGACGUCGUUGUCGAUCGUCGAGAAUGCGCAGUAGGAAACGGGCACGACAGGGUAGAGAGAGCGAUAUACCCGCGAGCGCUAGAUGAUAUCUAUGAUUAUUGCGAUGCUGAUGUGAUCACUGACGAGAC